AUUUAUUUACGUCACUCAGUUUUCGAAUUGCUUAGCAUGUAAUAUAGAUAAAAAGAACAGCUAGAUCGUAUUUGCUGCUUUUUCUGCUAAGUGUAAACAUGCUGCUUUCACAAGCAAUAGUUUCUGUUCUGGGAUUUCUUGUUACUGUCGGUAUUUCAAGUGCUGAAGUGUUUGAAACUCCAGAUGAAAUUGCUGAAACUCGGUUAGGUGUGAAAACCGCUUUUGCUAAACAUGUAAUGGAAAUUUCUGAUUUGCUUCAUAUGUUCAUUGCUUUAAUUAAUAGAGCAGACGAGACAGAGGGUCGAGAACUUGGUUUACCAGAAAUAACUACAACCGAUCCAGCGAAAUUAGAAUCUGCAAGUUUAGAAGAGUUGUUCGAUAGAUUCGAAACUGCUGCUCAAUCUUUCCGAACCAGAUUCUUAAAGUAUCUCAAAACUACGGAAACUCCUUACUUGAGGGUUACGCCUACAAUUUCUACUAUAGUUGAGCUUAAUAAAGGGGAAGAUUUGACAAAGUAUGUUUAUGAACAUGAAAAUGUCGACACAGAUGGAACUGUUUUAAACUCUGAAACAGAUAAUGCAUACGGUGCUUCAACAGUAAGUCCAGUUGGGAGUGAUUCCACAAGUGAAAAGGCCACGUUAUCGUUUAUUUUAUCAGAUGAGGGGGUAUCAGAUUCAGAAAUGGAACCUGACUAUAGCACAUCAACUAUAGUUCCAGAUGUAAGAGAUAAUGAUCCUGAAAUUGAUGAAACUUCCGUUGCAUUUAUUCUGUCAAAUGAAGAGGCUACAGAUUCUGAAAUGGAGACCGAAUAUCGGGCUUCCCAAGUAGUUCCAGAUGAUACUGAUUCAUCUGAGGAUAAGUCCUUGGAAUUUAUACUAUCGAAUGAGGAAGAUCAAGAAACUGAUGAAUCUACCCGUACUGUUGAUGAAACCUCUGAUGUAACUUUAACAUUUGUACCAAUUACAGAACAAAAUGCAGAAUCUUUUAUUGAUGAAACAACUUUUGAAUCUUUUCUUAAUGGAAAUUUUGAAAAUCCCAAGCUAUACGCAACAGAAGAAACGUUUGAUCCUGAAGAGGAAUCUGCUUUGAGUGAAAAGCAAAUAUUUACACAAACAUCUGACAAAUUUUUCAAAGGAGAAGCUACUUUAAUGUUUCAACCAACAACUGAAGAUGAAGAGGCUGAAAUAAAGACUGUAACUUUCCCAUCAGCAUACUCUGCCGAAGAAGUUACACUGGUACCAUUGACAAGCAUAGAUGAUACGCCUGAAGAAUACACUCAGGCUCCAUUUUCAACUACAAAAGACUAUAAUUCUGAUGGAGAAACUAUGGGUGUUCUGUCUACCACAGAAGAUGAUGAUUCAAACGAAGAAACUAUGGGUGUUAUAUCUACCAAAGAAUAUGAUGAUUCAAACGAAGAAACUAUGGGUAUUCUAUCUACCACAGAAGAUGAUUCAAGCGAAGAAACUAUGGGUAUUCUAUCAACCACAGAAGGCGAUGAUUCAAGCGAAGAAAGUAUAGGUAUUCUAUCAACCACAGAAGGCGGUGAUUCAAGCGAAGAAAGUAUGGGUAUUCUAUCAACCACAGAAGACGAUGAUUCAAACGAAGAAACUAUGGAUAUUCUAUCAACCACAGAAGACGAGGAUUCAAACGAAGAAACUACAGAUGUGCUAUCUACUACAGAAGAUGAUUCUGAUGAAAAAACUAUGGAUACUCACUCAAUCACAGAAGAUGAUUCUGACGACAUUAUAGUAGAAGAAAACUAUGAAUCUGACAAGGAAGCUACUUCGUGGUUUACAAAAAAGGAUGAAUCGUCAAUAGAAGAAAUGACUGAAUUGGUCAAAAUUCUUCGUGAAGCUGCUGAGAAAUAUAACAACGAAGAAUCUGCCAAGAGUUCCAAGCUCGAAGAUAUUAUCUCUAGUGACACUGAAAGUUUUCUUGAUUUGGAACAUUUUGAAAACAAUGCUAAGCAUACUCUAAAAGUUCCAGAAGCUUCCAUAGAACAAGUGAUUGCUGCAAUUUCUUCUAAAAACGAGAAGACAGUUGCCACUGAUCCUGUUUUUCUAAGGGAUUCGUACUCUCAAUUGAUGUUUGAAGAUGCUCAAAAUCAAGAAAAUAUUUCUGAAAGAAUUGGACUGAUGCAAACCACACCUGCAUAUUCAUACUUGGAUCAUGUGAUUGGUUUACCAGGAGAUGAUUAUCCGAAUUAUACAACUAUUGCACCAACCUCAUUUACAUGUGAAGGCAAGGAAAAUCCUGGACUCUACGCUGAUCUUGAAACUCGAUGCCAGGUAUUCCAUGCGUGUUGGCCACAACGAACAGAAAGCUAUCUUUGUCCAGUUGGCAGUACAUUUAACCAGCAAAUACUAUCAUGUGACUAUUGGUUCAACUCGACAUGCUCUCUUUCUCAAGAUUAUUAUGAUAUAAACUACCUUCUGCAAGGUUAUCAAGCACCAGUCGAAGAUGGGUUAAAUGAGUACUUGGAGGAAAAUGUCAUCUAUCCGUAUAAUUUUCGAUUAGAGCACUCCCACCCAAUCUUUGAAGAAAUGAAAUUUCUACCAUUCCUGUACAAGAUAAUCAAUUAUGCCACCAAAAGACGAGGACUAGAAUCUGGUACAGAAAUAGACUAUAACAAAGCUGUAGAGAUAGAAUUCGAUAAAAAUUCACCCUUGCCGACUUUUGAAGAUCUAGCUCAGCAAGAGACCACUACCGAUUUGAUUGAUUCUGUGAAAGACAGAUUCAGAGAGCUUGUAAGAUCUUUCGUUGCAUCAGAGGUUUCUAAAGGCGGUGAGUCUUCUGAUGAUGAUUCUUCACUUCAUAAAACGAAACUUCAAGAAAGGAAAUCUGUUUACGAGAAAAUGUCUAGACCUAAAAUUGAAAGGUCUGGAAUUUUACCAGAGGUCAAAAUUCAGGAAAACGUAGAUAAAGAAACCACGUCAUCAAAACCAGACGUGAAGCAAGAUAUAUUGUAUAAAAGCGCGCCAUCCAAAACUGGUAAAGAGCAAAUAGCACCUGCAAUUGUAUUCAAAGUGCUUGAAACUGCUGAAAAUGUUGUAAGUAAAGGAAUUCUGCCCAUGACCAGAGAACUGUUAGCUGCCAACUAUGUUAAGCUAUAUAAAAGAAAGAAACUGUAAAUAGUUUUAAGCCGUUUGUUUUUACCAAGUUUAUAUAAAUUUUAUUCUUUGCAACUUAUGUAAUUAAUAAACCCUGCUUUCUUUAUCUGCUUA